AUGGAGGUUCCUCUGGUCAACUUUGAGAACCUGGAUGACAUCGGAAUCAAUCUGGAAGACCCGAGUGGGCACUCACUGGCCUCUCCACCAACACUCAGCAAAAAAAAAAGAACAUCAAGCUGCAACAGCCUGAUUUCCAACUGGAAGGUUCUGAUGAGCAGCGAGGGCAGUCCCAAUGAGGCUCUGCUAGGAAAAGUAACCAAGGAUUGUUGCGAGGACUAUUUCGCUGAAAAGGAUAAAUUCUACGAGGGUGAACAAAAAGUGGUUAUCAAUGUCUCAGGGAUGAUGUAUGAGACAACACUUAAAACUUUGAAUCAGUUCCCAGAUACCUUGCUGGGAGACCCCAUGAGAAGGAUUGACUAUUUUGACCCCAUGAAGAAUGAGUAUUUCUUUGAUCGCAACCGCCCGAGCUUCGAUGGAAUCUUGUAUUUCUAUCAGUCCGGAGGUAAGAUUCGGAGGCCAGCAAAUGUGCCAUUGGAUGUGUUUGCUGAUGAGAUAGUGUUCUAUCGACUAGGCUAUGAUGCCAUGGAACAGUUCAAGGAAAAUGAAGGUUACAUCAAAGACCCUGAGCCUCAACUCCCAACCAUUGAGCUUCACCGUCAAUUUUGGCUUCUCUUUGAGUACCCAGAGAGCUCCAGUGCUGCCAGGUCAGUGGCCUUAGUGUCUGUUCUUGUCAUCACUAUAUCUAUUUGUAUCUUCUGCCUGGAGACGCUCCCUGAAUUCCGUGAUGAGCGUGAAUUUAUGCCUGCUUUUGUCAACUUAACCCAUGAUGCCAAUGGAACGCUUCUAUCAUCUACUCCUCGUCCAAAGGCCCUGCUCUCUGCCUUUACUGACCCCUUCUUUGUGGUGGAGACCAUCUGUAUCAUUUGGUUCUGUUUUGAGCUUAUAGUACGUUUCAUAGUGUGCCCCAGCAAGAGCGAGUUUUUUAGCAAUAUUAUGAAUGUCAUUGACAUUGUGUCCAUUAUGCCCUACUUCAUAACUGUCAUAACAGAACUAAUGGCCGCCCACGACAAAGACCCCAUCGCCAACCAGAACAUGUCUCUGGCUACACUGCGUGUCAUCCGAUUAGUGCGUGUCUUCAGGGUUUUCAAGUUGUCCCGGCAUUCUAAGGGCCUCCAGAUUCUAGGCCAAACCCUGAAAGCCAGUAUGAGGGAGCUGGGCUUGCUUAUUUUCUUCCUUUUCAUUGGCAUCAUCCUCUUCUCCAGUGCCAUUUUCUUUGCUGAGGUUGACGAACCUGAUACUCAGUUUGUGAGCAUCCCGGAAGGAUUCUGGUGGGCUGUGGUCACAAUGACGACAGUUGGCUAUGGUGACAUGUGCCCUAUCACAUUGGGAGGAAAGAUGGUUGGGAUCCUCUGUGCCAUCGCUGGUGUACUGACCAUUGCACUUCCCGUUCCUGUCAUCGUCUCCAACUUCAACUACUUCUACCAUCGUGAAACAGAGCAGGCGGAGAAACAGGUGAUUGAGGUUGCUGCUGAGGCUGCUGCAAAUCAGAAACGUAUUUCUGAAGAGAAGUAUGAAAGCAAUUACUCGCUGGACAAGAGCAAUGGGAAUUGGCAGACAGGGAAAAACAGUGUUCCAUAAGGAUUGGUAUAUUUCUCAUGACUAGCAAUAAUGACUGUACAACAAUGCACUUAGAAACUCUCAGUUUUAUGGUUUGACAACUGCUUUAUUUAGAGUUCUACAUAUGUACCUAAUGCUAUGCAUAUACCAACAGUACCUUUGCAGACUGUGCUGUUUCAAAAGGAGACCUCAAACAGGACUAUAAAACCUCAGUAGCACUGUUUACUAAAAGGAAGCAAAAUAUUGUAAGGAACAUCCCUUUAAGGCUUUACAAUAAUACAACCUGAAAUGCACUGAACUGAAAAAGAGAAUAUGAAACACAGAAGAACAAAAAAAAUUCUCAAGUAAUCAUUUGUGAGGCAAAGGGCUGCAUUUAACUGAGGUCAACACAAGCAUUUAAUUAAUCGCAAUUAAGUGCCUGUGUUGCCGAAUCCCAUAAUAUAAUGCAGAGGAAUCAUGAAUAUACGCUCAAAGCAUCCACCUUUUGCUGAUGUUGUCAUCUUUUAGAAUUUUGCACUGACAUCACCUUUUGUCCCUGCUGCUUGUGAGAGAAAAUGCUUAUGCCAAACUGUUAUCCAUCAUUCAAUGUCACCGAAUGUCUCCUCUAACAGCCUUGAUAUUUGUCAUAUGUAAUCAGGACUGUUUGGAAUUUAAAAACAGUAUCCUACGCAUGCAAGUAUGUUAUAUUUGGAUGACCCACCGUGCUGUGGCAGCAUCUGCUUUCUGCUUGUCCCAAAUUUCUUCUUCUGUUUCUAUUUUUGUCAACAUACACACAGAAU